UGCGUUCCUCUCUCACAAUUCCCCACCACCCUCCGUCGGCGCAGCGUUAGUUCAUUCCCUUCCACGUUCUCAAUUCUCCGAUACAAAAAGACCCAAAAGUUCUAUUACCAGAACUAUCGUUUCCAUUUUUCUCAAUCAACAGCACCAAUCGACAAUCGAUAAAUGACGGAGGACAAUGGCGAUAAGCAUUCUUCGGAGGAAGCCUCGCAAACGAGGCCAAGAAAGAAGAGAAAGUGGGAUCAGCCUGCAGAGUCCUUGGUUUCAGCUGGUGUAGCAAUACCUGGGGUCCUCCCGCAGGGCAGCAUGGGACCUCUCGAAGGGAUUGCACUUCCUGGGGUGGCUCCAGUCUCCACUGCACUUUUGAAGAAUCCGCUUAUUACUAGCUGUGCGACCAUACCCCUGGUGCUUCAAGCAUCUUCAAUACAACAACAGACUGCAACCAUAGUCCCAAAGCCAAAGAUCCAAGAUGAGUUAAUAGCACGAGAAAUUGUCAUAAAUAAUGCCGAGUCUUCUGUUCGCUACAAGCUCACAAAAUGCCAAACACAGGAGGAGAUACAAAAGUGCACGGGUGCUGUGGUUAUAACUAGGGGUAAGUACCAUCCACCAAAUGCUCCUCCUGAUGGGGAGAAGCCCUUGUAUCUUCACAUAUCAGCCGGGGCUCAAUUAAAAGAUACCGCUGAGCGCAUAAUAGCAGUUGAUCGUGCUGCUGCCAUGGUUGAAGAAAUUCUGAAACAAGGUCCAAAUUUACAGCCAGCUUCUUCCACUUUUCAUCUGACCAUAGGCAAUGGAGUGAAGGCACUCAGCACAUGUGUGUUUUUGGGCUUUGACCCGGAUCCAUCACUGAACAUCACUGCGCGUAUACGUGGACCAAAUGACCAGUAUAUAAAUCACAUAAUGAAUGAAACAGGAGCAACUGUCUCACUAAGAGGACGUGGUUCAGGGGACCUUGAAAGCACACUUGAAGAAGAAGGGCAGCAACCACUGCAUUUAUUCUUAUCAAGCAAUAAUUCUAAAGGAGUUGAAGAUGCUAAGCGUUUGGCUGAAAAUUUGUUGGAUACAAUCAGUGUAGAGUGUGGUGCAUCUAGGGUUUCAUCAUGUAAGGUUUAUAGUGCUGUUCCACCCCCACAGCAGGUUUACAGUGCUGUUCCUCCUCCACAGCAGUUAUUGGCCGGAGUUCUGAGUUCAGGAAAUGAAGUAGCAUUAAAUGCAGAUUCUUCUGUUGGUUUGACGUCUGUAACUGUGGGCUCUACACCAGCUCCCCCAGUUUCCUAUCUUUUAACCCCUGGGCUCCCUCCUGUCUUUUCUCCAGGGACAGUAUCACAAUCUGGUGGAUAUUUACAUUGUGGGCAGUCUCAAGGAAAAGUAGUGGGCUAUUCCCACCAGAUAGUCUCUUUUGGAACAAGCUAUAGUGGAUAUGGUGGGAUAUAUCCUCAAGCCACCCCAUUGCAACAAGUUGCUCUGGCACUUAGGCAGUCACCUUCUCCUGUUAAUUCUGGAUUGGAUUCUACAGCACCAAUACCAAGCAAAGAACCAAAGUCGAGUGUAAGCUCUGAUCCAGGGAAGGAGAAACAGCCUCCACAGAAGCGGAAGUUUCAGGAACUACCAGCUGGCUCAAAUUAUCCUGCAAAACCCCAUCAGGUAUUUUCUCUGACCUUUGAAGCUAACAGGCCGAUUCUGUACCUCUAUAUUGGGUUGUUGGUCUGUAUGUUUCACAGGGUUUUCAGCCGUGGAACAAUUAUGGCUUCAGAGCUUUGAUUAGGGUUCAGUUAUAGAUUUUAUGUGCAUUGGUUUUAUCUUCUUGUAUCUUUGAGCUGAAUUGUGUUGAAUUAAAAAUCUGUAACUUUUUAUGCCUUAAGUGCAAUGUUGGCUUCCUCAAUGGGUAGUAGCCACCACCAUUAUGGACAGCCAACUUACCACUUCAGAAGAGAUUCCGCUGCCACCAAAGUGAGCUUUGAUUUUAAUGUCAUUGGAAUUUAGAUGUUUUUGUAUAAUUGAUACUUUCUUGUUUUUGGUUAGUUGUGCCUGCAAUGCUACCGAGAAACAAAGUUUGAUGACUUGACUUUUAAGCAAUGUAGUAAGCUGUGUGCAAUAGUAAUGAGUGAUUCUGUCCGAGCACCUUUUUUGUUUACAUUCUUUGUUUUGAGGAUAAGCGGAGUCGUUCUCCGCUACCACUGCUGCAUUCCAGUCACAUAGACAUCAAAGCGCACUUGAUGUUGGUGGCUGAUGCUCACACAAUGGGGAAGUUGAUACUGAGUGCAUGUUAAAUUGCUGUUUUAAAACAUCAAUGUAAGUAUUUUAUAUGGUGUCUUAUCUCGUGGUGAUAGGCAUCUAUUUCAAACUACAGUUUUAGGAAAUGACAUUAUUUCCAUGUACCAACUUCCACAAAUCCUGUCGUUGACCUUUGUACAUGCCAAGACGUGAAAGGCUUACAUGUCUGCCCUGUUCAUCUCGAUAUCUAAUGACAAACACUCCAUCAAUGACAUCACCUUGAGAAGACUCCAUCAACUUGAGAAGACUCCUUUUAUUUGUCCUUCCUGUCUCGUAUACUUAUUCUUUGCAAUAUCAUCAUCUAGCAUCUUCUCAAUCCACGCAAGCAUUACAAAAGUUUCUUUAAUUUAUUUGAGAUUGUUGAUAUUACCUAUAAUCUGUUGUUGAGAAAUUAGGUUUGGAUUGUCCUUUUCUUACUCAUUGCAGGGUUCAGAAUAUUUAAAGCCCACUGAGCGGUCAGCAAAUUUGGGUGUGAGAAAUGUAUCAACCAUGCCAGCCCCGAAGAAGUUGGUCCAGUCAUUAUCAAAUGGAAUGCGACCACC